ACGUUUGCUUGGCAGAGAGGCAAGAUGGCUGCAUCGGCUUGGCUGCAUGGCCCAUCUGCUAUGCGACUAACAGAAGGUUUGGUGUCGGUUCUGAAAGAGCAGCGUCCAGAUUAUUUGCCUGCUUUGUUGGCAAGCUAUAGAGAACAUGGCGUGUUCCCGACACAGGGCGCGAGUGCUGUCGGGGGGCUCGUGGGGUUUAGCAAUGCCAAACUGGGCUCGAGCAAGACCAGGUUUGAGGGGCUGUGUCUGCUCUCCAUGCUGGUUAAAGACAGCUCCAGUGAAGUGUUCCACCAGCACUGUCUGUCAUGGCUGCGCUCCCUACAGCAGGUCAUCCAGUCUCAGGCUCCAGUUCAGACCAUCCAGUUAGCAGUGAACAUUCUAAAGGAUGUGUUGCAGUACUCAACCCAGCUUGCAGAACUGGCCCGGGAGGUAGGUCUCAACUCCAUCCUGGGCAUCCUGACAUCUCUGCUGGGCCUCAAGACAGAGUGUGAGCUGACAGCCAUGGAAGGGAUGAUGGCCUGUAUGACCUACUAUCCUCGAGCCUGUGGAUCCCUCAGGGACAAACUGGGUGCCUAUUUCCUCUCCAAAAUGGAUAGCACCAACAAGAAAACCCAAGAGAUGGCCUGUCAGUGUUACGGUCGACUGCCGUGUCUCGGGGGGCUGUUAGACAGAGCGGCGGGCGCAGGCAGAGCUGAGGGCUGGACCAAUCAGAUUCACUGUCUACUAGCCUCAGCCAAUGGCCUACUGGAUCAGAUCUACCAGGGUUCAGAAACGGAAGCAACAGUGCAAUAUGAAGGUCGGGGGGUGGAGCUUGCCUUUCCUCAUCUUGACCAAUCGGAUCCGCUGCUGCUGCUGCAGCUCCAGCACAGAUACACUGCUGUGUGCCUGGCACUCAAACACACACUCAGGGUGGAUCCGGCCUCAGCUGUCCGUCUACCUGCCAGGCUAGUACUCAAUCUGGUGUGCAGAGCCCUCGCCGUCAGCUCCAAGAGCAUCAAUUUAACAGGCGAUGGAAAUGUGCGGUUGCUGGUCCUGCCCAUCAUACACACCAACACACUGGAGGUCCUGUCCGCUCUGAUCACAGUUGCACGUAUUGGCAUGGUUCAGUACGCUGCAGUACUACAAAGGCUCUUCUCCCAAACUUUGUCUGCCUGGACUCCUCUACCUGAGACCAGCCUGGGUCAGCAAAGAGCGUACAGCUCAGUGCGGGUUGCGGUCUUCAGAUCAUUAGAGCUAUGGGUGCAGGUGGGUGGAGCCUCUGCGAACAUCCUGCAGGGAAGCCCUACACACGCCGAACUCCUCUUUAAUCACCUGUUGGGUGACAUCACACCAGGAGCAGAGUCCAUUAAGCUCCGGGGGGGUCUUUCAGCUGAUGCUGUUCCUGGAGGUAAACCAGGCCCUCGCAGGACAAAGCCUCUGGUGAUGACAGAUACAGUGGGACCAUUAAUGCAGAGGAAAGGAGACCUUAUGGCCAAUCAGGAUACUUGCCUUUCAGCCCUCAGUGCAAUGAGACAAAUCAUACUGAGCAGUGGUACACUACUAAAGGAUGAUAUACACAAGCGUCUCCAUGAUGUGGUGCUGCCGCUGUGUGUGCGUCUGCAGCAGCAGCAGACCAGCAGCAGCUCCGCCUGUGACUCUGCAGGAGGCAUCAGCGGACAGUACAGCAGCGCCCUCAGCAGGCGAGAACUCUACAGGUUACUGCUGGCUCUGGUCCUGGUCCCUUCCCCUUGUUAUCCCCCUCCCUUGUCCUGUGCUGUGUCCAUCCUCAGCAAAGGACGCACUGACCGAAACCUGAAGGUGUCUUCGUUCUGCACCGAGGCUCUGACCAUCUGUAACUCCCUCCUUCACCCCCGCACUCCUUCCAUCGCCCUCCCCUUACCCCCUCUUACCCUCAAACCCACACCCUCUGCUGCAGGCCUCACCCCCUCUCAGGGACCAACUCCCGGACUCACUUUGCCAACCCUUCUCGGCGGUCCCACCCCAGGUCCUCCUUUCCCCUCUCGCCAUUCUCUCGGCCUUGGCCCUGCUGCUUCCUUGCUGGGCUCUUUGGAGAACCACCUGUCCCUGGUCCCAGGGCUGCCAGGUCAAGCCCCCACCCCAGGGGACAUGAUGCUGUCUCCACACACUAUGCAUCACCAGCCAGAGCCAACAGGACUCGGCCCUCCAGAGGGGCAGAGACCUGUUUUUGUGCGCUAUGACAAAGAGGAGGCUGAGGAUGUUGAGAUUUCUCUGGAGAGCGACUCGGACGACAGCGUUGUUAUCGUCCCCCCAGGGUUGCUGGGUAUGGAGAACCAGCAGGAUGAGACGGCAGCAGCUGUGAACUCCCAGAACAUGGCCUCCACUACACAAGGGAGCACUACUCUGACACUACCAGGAGGAGAUUCUGUCACCAUGGUUCCCACCACUUCGUCAACAACCACAAUAGACGGGCUUUCACUCCCCAAUGAUUUGGCCACCUCAUCACCUCUCCUCGCCACCUCCACCACCACCCCCAUAAACUCCUUCCCUCCCUCCAGUGGCUCUGUCGUCUCCCUGGUCCCACCUUUGAACUCUAGCGCUCUCACAGCGUCACCUAGUGGCCUGGCGGACUCAUUGCCUGGCAGGCCUCAGCUCCAACAGAUGCUGAUGCAGCCCUCCAAUGCGGGCCAACCGGGCCCCAUGGGUCUACCGCUCCAAAUGCACCAGCUGCAGAACCAGCUGAGCCAGGGCCGCCACCUCCACCAGCAGCACCCACCACCGGCACCCGCCAGCAACGAAGACUCGGCCGUCAUCAACAUCAACAGCACAGAUGAGGAGGAGGAAGAGGAGGAGGACAUGGAGGACGACGAGGAGCUUGACGAAGAGGAAGAGGGCAUGGAUGAGGAGGAUGAGGAGGAGGAUGUAAGUGAUUAUGGGGAUGAAGAGUUUUAUGAUGGGGAGGAGGAUUUUGAGUAUGAUGAAGAGGAGGGGGAAGAGCUGGAGGAGGAAGAGGAGGAGGAUGGGGAUAUCCCACCACUGGAAGGAGCAGAAGACAAAGGUGCAGAAGGUGGGGUGGAGGAGGGCAAAGUUCUCAGUGCAGCAGUGGACGAAGGCGGCAUCGCCGGGUUCAGCGUAGAAGGAGAGCCAGAGGGGGGCAUAGAGGAGAUCCAAACCAGAGCACUGUUUGGAGAGGACCGCGUCAAAGUCCAGGAGGUGGAGAGCAUAGGGGUCCUGGAGGACGCAAGGGAGGGGGUCGGAGAGGAGGAUGAAAGUGAGAGGAUGGACGACCCCACCAUGCCCCAGAUCUUGUGUGUUACCGGCGGAGCAAUGGAGGAGAGAGACGAGGCAGAGGAGGAGGAUUCAGGAGGAGGAGCAGCGGAUGGACAAGGAGAUCCACAGGAGGAGGGGCCCACAUGGGAAAAGGAAACCAAUGAUGUCGAACCUACUGAUUCCUCAGAAGAACACAUGACCAAUCAGAGUCAACAGGAGCAGGAUCCUGAAGCUGCACAGGAAAGCGGUGUGAGUGAAAGUCAGCCGUCUGGUCCUGAAGAAGAGCAGCUGGAGGCAGUCCAGGCUGGACCCUCAUCCUCCUCAGACCCAGAAGCACCAGCAGGACCAAGUACAGCAACAACAACAACUACUACAACAACAACAACAACAGAGGAGGAGGAGCCGGUUAGUGAACACAGAGACAAAGAGGAAGCAGAGCCACAGGCAAAAGAAGCAGCACAGAAGGAGAAUGAUGAAGAGGAGAGUAAAGGAGUGAAGAGGAAGAGAGAGGAGGUUAUCGGAGACGAAGAGGCCGGACAAAGCACUGAGAAGAAAAAGAUGGAUGAUGAAAACAUGGCGUCCAUGUUGGCCGAUUUUGUCGCAUGUCCACCUGACGAUGAAGACGGUGCCUCUGGAUCGAACCCUAACUGAUGCGAUUGACGUUUCCAUGGAUACAGCAGAUGCUGCUGGCAUACUGUAUCAUUUAUAACGUGUUCAAAGUUUGGUUACCUCAUACCACUUUUCAUUCUGUACAUCCUUCAGUCAUUGGUCACAGUUAUCACAACCAGAUGGCAACAAAUAUAGCCUUGUUUUCAGCUGUUUUUCAAUGUCAGUGCCAGUUUCCAGCCCUACUUUGAGACCUGGGAAACGAGGAGAGGGAAGUCUUUUAAAUAUGUCACAUAAUUUUGAUUGUAUCUGACAAGAAUUCCAUACUUAGUUUAGGUAAAAGAGGCAGUCCACUGUGUCCAGUCAGCAAGGAGGUGGAGCUGUGAGAAGUAUUACUCUGGUAUGGUAGCCUUCAUUCAUGUAAACAGAAUACAUUAUCCUACAGUCAGUGUACCAAGUGCUAUCUGGUUUCUGUGUAUGUUUAUUGCUCUUUAUGUUUUGUCAUCACUGUCGUAUGGUUUGUUAUAAAAACAAAGGUAAAAAAAAACCAAACA